AUGAAUACUAGGUCUAAAGCAAGUAACUACAGCAAUACCAACAAUGAUAAGGAAAGCAGAAGCAGUAGUAAAAUUGGCUACAAAGGCGGCCGCAAUAACGUCACCGAUAGAUACGCCACUAAACAAAUAUUGGAAGAGGAGGAUGAUAUUCUCAUUUACCAUGGACGCAAGAGAAAAGCGGAACGAGAAGAGGAGCAUUUAAAUGAAGUGUGCUGUGAGAUAUGUCUGGACUGGUUUCAUCCAGAAUGCGUUGGGGUUUCUGAAGAAUACUGUAAAGAUCCAAACACCUUCUAUGUCUGUACGGAGUGUAGACAGUUGCAGGUACCUUGUGCUUUUCCUGAUUGUAGAAUCUCAAGAACUUUUAAGGCACCUGCAUAUUGGUCAACAGAUUUGGGGGAGAAAUUUAAAGUUAUAAAAGAUGAAUGUGCCAAAAUGACGAGAUGUAAAAAAUGUGAUUUGUUGCAAUCUUUUUUCACCAGGUUUCAUGGCUAUAACACAUUGCGUAAUGUCGAAGUAACGAUUGAAAAUUUUCUUUUUGUGGAUAAUAAAGACAUACAAGUGUAUCCUCCGCCGAAUUCAGUUCUCAAGAAGUUUCGUUGUACUGUACAUGAAUUUCAUUUCUCCAAAGAGGUUCAGUUUAAAAAAACUUCACUUAUAUUAUUCACUAGCAAUGUUUCAACAGAUGACUCCUUAACUGGAAGUGUCUUACAUGCUAAAAUUAACUCUUUGACUAGUUACAAGUUCAGUGCUAGUUAUGGAGAGAUCAUUUUUAAAGUUCUAAACUGA